GGGCCUGGGGGUUUGUGUCGUCCCUCGCACGUCAUUGUGAAGCUCUAAGGGUCCGGUUUCUUAGCUACGGUGCCCCUCUCUCCCGGAGGCAGAGUAGCGGACUGCGGGCGUGCUGCGCCUGGUGCCUGCGUUCAGCCAAAGAGCCAGAAGCUUAAGUGAAAAUGGUACAUGUUAGAAGACACGAAACAAGGAAAAAUUCUAAAACUCAAGAGCAUGAGCAGAAAUCUCGAGUUGAUUGGAGGCGGACUAAAAGAAGUAGUAUCUCACAGUUAUUUGAUAGUGACGAAGAGCUUGACAGUGGCGAAGAGUUUGAUAGCGGUGAAGAGUUUGAUAGCGACGAAGAGCUUGACAGUGAUGAAGAGCUUGACAGUGAUGAAGAGCUUGAUGAUAACAAGGGGUUUGAUAGUAAUAAAAAGCCAGAAAAUGAAAGAGAACUUAGAUUAAUUAAAGUUGAAAGUGAAAGUAGUAACUGUGAGCAUCUUAUGAACACUGGCAACAGUUCAACGUAUGAAGAAGAAAAGAACAAAAACAAAUAUAGAAGUGUUGACUUACCAGAUCAUGGAAAACAUUCAAGUCAAGAGGAUGAUGAUCUCAACAAACACACUGGACAAAUAAUAGAAGAGGACUUAGAAGAAGAACACAUCAAGCGAGGGAAGAGAAAAAGGAUCUCCUCUGUUAUGUAUGACAGUGAUGAGAGUGAUGAUAGUGAUAUCCUAGUUAGAAAAGUAGGUGUUAAACGUCCACGUAGAGUGGUUGAAGAUGAAUGUUCUUCAGUUGAGAUGGAACAAAAAAAAACUGAAAAAACUGUAGCUGCAAGAAAGCGAGAACAACUCCAGAAACUGAAAGAACUCUCAAAACAAAGAUCUCGUCAGAGACGAAAUAGUAGUAGAGAUUUUGAGGACUCUGAAAAGGAAUCCUGCCCAAGCAGUGAUGAAAAUGAUGAUGAUGAGGAGGAGGAGGAUUAUGAAUAUGAUGAAGAUGGAGAUGAUUAUAUUAUUGAUGACUUUGUAGUUCAAGAUGAAGAGAAUAAAAGCCAGCGAGGAGAAAAAUUGACUACAUCACAACUGAAAUUAGUAAAACAGAAUUCUCUUUAUUCUUUUAGUGACCACUAUACUCAUUUUGAAAGAGUUGUGAAGGCUCUUCUGAUCAAUGCUUUAGAUGAAUCUUUUUUGGGAACAUUGUAUGAUGGCACCAGACAAAAAUCAUAUGCACAAGAUAUGUUGACAUCUCUCCAUUAUUUGGAUAACCGCUUUGUUCAGCCUCGUCUAGAGAGUUUAGCUUCUAGAAGUCGUUGGAAAGAGCAAUAUAAGGAGCGGGUGGAAAAUUAUUCUAAUGUAAGUAUCCAUUUGAAGAAUCCUGAAAACUGCUCCUGCCAGGCCUGUGGAUUGCAUCGCCACUGCAGAUACUCAGUGCAUUUAUCAGGAAAGUUGUACAACACCAGGACUAUGGAAACAGAUGAUUUCAUGUCACAUGAUAAACAGGUGUUUACUGUUGGCACAAUUUGUGCUGAUCGUACCCGAAUUUAUCAUAAACUGAAACAUUUUAAGUUCAAGCUGUACCAGGAAUGUUGCUCCAUUGCAAAGACAGAAGAAGUUGAAGAUGAACAGGUUAAAGAAACAGUGGAAAGAAUUUUCAGUCAGUCAAAAGAAAGUGGCUGGAUUAAGGAGAAAUAUGGUCAACUUCAAGAAUAUCUAAAUUGGGCGGAUUACUUUCAAGAUGAGAAGUUUGACUGAAUUGUAACACAUUUCCUUCAGAGAAGAUUUUAUAAAUUCCUGUAAAUGUGAAGAUCAUGAGUCUUGUUUCUCUGUAUCAUGUGACAUAUUUAGAUAUUUUGUGUGUAUUUUCAUGGCAAAUAUCUUGUUUAAAACAUAUGUUCAUCUUAAUUUCCAUGAAAUGGCACUCUACAGCCAAAUAAAAGUUUUAUCUGCUGUACAUAGAAAACAGAAGCCUAAUAAUUUUUAAGUAAGAGUAUUUUAAAAUUAUAAAACAAUGCCUUUAUAACAGAUGAUUAUCAAGCAAAUGAGCUGUUCGUGUCCUGUCAGCUUAAUAGACAAAUACUGUAUUUUAAAAAUGAAUUCAGACUAACAUCUAUGUGUAUUUAUUAUUGAAUCCCUGCCCAGAUGCGUUUAUUAUCUUUUCACAGUAUUAAAUGAUCUGCACUGAUAUAUUCUUUACUACUGUCCUUAUUUAGAUCAGUGGGCCGUGGAAGAAACCGAAUGUCUCAUUCAGUUCAAUCCCCUCGUGUCAGAAUCAGAUUGUAGUUUACCCAUUCCAAAGAGGAGAGCUUCUCUCCUUUUCUAAAGUUCCCUUUAGAAAUAGAUCUCAGGCCUCCAGAGUCUUUCAACCCUCACAUUCAGGAAUAAUUUCAUGAUAUGUAUUUUCAUGCUUCAUAAUAUUCUUUCUAUCUUUUAUUCAAUUUGUCUACAUGUUAAUGAUUAAGAUGUAUUUUAUUUAUUUUUAUCUAAAACCUUUCCCAUAUAUGUAUUUAUGUUAGGAUCUGAAGACCUCAGAGAGAUGAAUUCAGCCAAAAAUAGUUUAAAAGAAUACUUUGGCAUCUGCAUUGCUUUGCACAUCUAAAUUUUCCCAAAAUAUAAUAAAGUGAAAUGGUUUCAUAGUGA